AUGGCCGUCAUCAAAGUUCUCGCUUUCUUCGCUCUGGUUGCUUUGGCAGUAGCAAAACCGCACGGGGGCAUUGGCGUCGACGCCGGACUUAAGGCUGGGGCUAACAUUGCUGGUGGUGCCAAAGGGGCUGGUGGCGCUGCAGGAAAACUUGGCGGUGGAGCUGCUGGAGGAGCUGGUGAUGCUGCCAGCAAAGUUGAAGGUCAAGCCAGUGGUUGCGGUGAAGCCGGUACCCAAGGUAACGCUGGAGGAGCCGCUGACGCUGCCAGCAAAGUUGGUGGAGUUGGAGCCGGUGUUGGAGCAGGCGCUGACGCUGCCGGUAAUGCUAAGAAGCAAGUUGCCGCGGGAGUAGACGCCGGUAAAGGAGCUGGAGCUAACGCUGCCGGUAAUGCUAAGAAGCAAGCUGGAGCUGGUGUCGGAGGAGCCGCUGGUGCCGCUAGUGAUGCUAAAAAGCAAGUUGACUCGGGAGUAGACGCCGGUAAAGGAGCUGGAGCUAACGCUGGUGCCGAUGUUGGAGCAGGCGCAGACGCUGCCGGUAAUGCUAAGAAACAAUCUGGAGCUGGUGUCGGAGGAGCCGCUGAUGCCGCUGCUGAAGCUAAAAAGCAAGUUGACUCGGGAGUAGACGCCGGUAAAGGCGCUGGAACUAAUACUGGAGCCGGUGUUGGAGCAGGCGCAGACGCUGCCGGUAAUGCUAAGAAGCAAGUUGGAGCUGGUGUUGGAGGAGCUGCUGGUGCCGCUGGUGAUGCUAAAAAGCAAGCUGACGCUGGAGUAGAUGCUGGAAAACAAUCCGGAGAUGAUGCUGAAGCCGGCGUAAAUGGUGGUGUAGCAGCAGGCGCCAGCUCUGCUGGUGACGCUAAGAAGAAAGUUGACGCGGGAGUAAACGCUGGAAAACAAGCUGGAGCUGGUGUCGGAACAGCCGCUGGUGCCGCUGGUGAUGCUAAAAAGCAAGGUGACGCUGGAGUAGAUUCUGGAAAACAAGCUGGAGGUGAUGCUGAAGCCGGCGCUAAUGGUGGUGUAGCAGCAGGCGCUAGCUCUGCUGGUGACGCUAAGAAGCAAGUUGACGCGGGAGCAGACUCUGGAAAACAAGGUGGAGCUGGUGUCGGAAGAGCCGCUGGUGCUGCUGGUGACGCUAAGAAGCAAGUUGACUCGGGAGUAAACACUGGUAAACAAGGCGAAACUAAAGCUAAAGCCGGUGUUGAAGCAGGCGCUGGUGCUGCUGGCAAUACUGAAAAGGAAGCCAACGCUGGAGUAAACGCUGGAAAAGAUGCCGGAGCUAAUGCUAGUGGAAAAGCUGGAGGCGCAGUCAAUGCUGGCUUAAAAGUUGGUGCUGGUGCUAAAGGCGGAGCUGGAACAGCUACCAAUACUGAUUGUUGA